AUGUUUGGGAGGCGCGCCCCCUCGCUCCGCACGGAGCCGACCGGAGAGCGCGGCGCAGCACCCCACCCUCCGCGGGGCCCGAGGCCCAGGGCGAGCUGGGCCACGAGGAGGCACCACGCUGCUCGGAGCAAGCCCGUGUGCUCGCAGCCCCCAACGGCCGCCGCGCAGCGUUUCCUCCAACCGACUGGCCGGUGCGAACGCCCGGGGACGGCCGCGGAGGAAGCGGGGAAGCGAGUUCCUCGGUUCGGACCGGCCAGGGGCGCGAGGACACGGCCCGGGGCUGGGGAAGGGGACGUGGCCGGCAGAGAAAACCUCCCGACACGCACGGACGGGCACGGAGGCACACGGGCCUCGGCGCGGCCAGCGUGGUUCCGCGGGGGCCCCGGGGGACCCUCCCGCGCGCGGAACCGUGGGGGUCCCCGGGAACGACGGGCCAACCCCCGUGGGUUCCCCGGGGGCCGCCACGUCACGGAGGGUGUGCCCCGGGGCUCGGCGGGCGGGCGGGGGAGGAGCCGAGGGGGCUGGCUCCCGGGCCGCGCCGAGCCCCGGGCCCCCGGCCCCCCGGGCCGCCUCCCUCCCCGCUGCCCGGCCCCGCCGCGCCCGCCGCUCACCUACCUUCCCCGCUCCAGCGCACACCGCAGGCCUCGCACCGGGCGCCCACAGGCCGCGCGCCGCCACGACGGUUGUAGCGCCUGUCUCUUUAAAUCCGGGUCCUUGAGCCCGCGCAGUGCGCAGGCGCAGAGGUCCGGGCCCAAGGCCCUGUGCUGUUGGCUGCUGUCAUUGCUAGCCACAUGUGGCUAUCAGGCUCUUGAAGCAUGGCCAGUCCAAAUCGAGACGUGCUGUAAGCGUAAAAUACACACUGAUUUCAAAGAUGUGUUGCCAAACAACAAAGGACUGUAAGGUAUCUCAUCAAUUAUCUAUUUGAUUCCAUGUUAAAGUAAUCUUUUGGAUAAGUUGGGUUAGUUAAAUAAAAAUAUAUUAAAAUUAAUCUCAACUGUUUCACUCUUUUGAAAAUGUGACUAGAAAAUGUAAAACUGCAUACUCCACUCACUUGAUACUUCUGUUGGACAGCACUGCCCUGGACUUCAGUGUUUGUGGAGGGUGACAUCUGUGCCUUAUGUGUCUUUUUAUCGUCACUGUGGAGAAUAGUACUGGGCACAUAGUCGGCACUCAGCAAAUAUUCAUAAAUACAUUAAUGAAACCCAUGAGUGAAUGCAAGGACUUGAAACUCUGACAUUGAUCAGCUCCCUCAGAAGAAUGUUUUAUUACAUUGUAUCUUUGGCAAUGUUUGAUGUAAAUGUGCAAAAAGACUCAGGCUCUUAAUGUUUGUUUUGCUUGAAUACAGCUC